CAUUGGUAAUUAAACUUAGCAGGGCCACGAUUUGCAGAUUUUUUUAUAAUGUAGAGUUAAGGGUGCUAUGACGGAGAAAUCGCCAACAUGGUUGUGAUUGUGACAGAGUUGCAGCAAUUCAUCCCCGACAAUAUGAUGCAUCACAGAUCAACGAAUACUCAUGACGGAGUAUUGAUCCAUCAAUUUCCCUCAUUUGAAUCAGAGAUGCGACCGGUUUGCAAUAAGGGAAUCUAUUCUUUAAAGCAAUGGCUCCUCCUUCCUCUCUUUCCUCUUCUUCAUUCUUUCCAAUCUCAAUUUCCAGAUCUACUAGAUUUUGCAUCAUGGAAGUUGCCCAGCAGAAGAACGAAUGCCACCUGUGCAACCGCAAACGCGACUCUUUCUGGAGAUUGAAAACUGCAACCAGACAGAACUGUAGAGACACGCCACCGCAGUGCUGGCACUGCAAGUCGACAGGUGAAACCCAGGCCCAAGACCCGGGAAAAUCCACCCAACCGGAAGAACAAGAGGAUACGCCCGAAUCACAGGAAGCAACAAUGCCACAGACCAAAAAGCGUAAGCAUCACGAAUUGGCGCAGAUCGAAUUAGGGCCAUCUAUUCUACCCACCCCCAAAUACUUUGAAUUCGGCCAUCAAAACAGGUGGUACAUCAUAGAGGAAGCAUUCGAUCUUGCAGGAAAAUUGUGGCGGACAUCAUCUCCAGCCCAAAACAAUUUGCACAUUAAGCAUCAUGAUAUUAUCGAAUCAGAGGAGCUUGGUAACCUGUUAGUUAUGAUGCGGCUAGGUUGGUUUUUCCCCUUGGGAUAUGGCCAUUAGCUCACUAUCUUCUCAGAGAUGGAUUCAAACAAUCCCAAGGACUCCCUUGGCAGGAUCACAUUUCUGCUGAGACCUUGGAGACAAUGAUCAUCAGUUUGAUCGAAGAUGGCACGAGCGAGCAGAUUCGCCUGCAUCACCGCGUCUGUAUCUUUACCAAGGCUUUCUUUUUCAGCCUCCGAUGGCCCGGCAGAUUCAAGAGCACAGCAGUGCAAGGGCAGUUUAAA